CUGCUUUACCUCCAUCACGCUUCUGUUCCUUUUUGUCUGUAGUCUCUGUUCCCGCAGAAGCCUUCUAUCAGAAUCAUGGCAGGCUGUACAGCAUGAUGAAGGGGAAAAUGGGUCCCUCCAACGUGCACCUGUUCACAGGCACGCUGUGUAAGGAGCUGCAUGAGCACAUGGCGCACCUGGGCACUGCUGGCACGGGCGACCUCAUGGAGCUGGUGAGGCACGUCAUGUAUCCAGCAGUGGUGAACACUUUGUUUGGGAAAGGCGUCUGCCCGACCAGCCAGAGCCAACUCAGGGAGUUUGAAGAACAUUUUUGGAAGUAUGAUGAGGACUUUGAAUAUGCUUCUCAGAUGCCAGAGUGCUUCCUGAGGAACUGGUCUAAAUCCAAAAAAUGGCUUCUAAAAUUAUUUGAGAAAGUAGUGUCAGAUGCUGAAAGGACCAACCCUUCAGAGACCACAUCCAAGACACUACUUCAGCACCUCCUGGAUAACCUGCAAGGAAAACAUCUGGCUCCCAACUACGGUCUCCUGAUGCUCUGGGCCUCCCAAGCAAAUGCUGUCCCUAUUGCAUUCUGGACCCUUGUUUUCAUACUCUCUUAUCCUACGGUUUACAAGAAAGUCAUGGAAGACCUGGCUUCUGUUUUUGGCAGUGCAGGUAAGGAUGACAUAGAAGUCUCUGAAGAGGACCUGAAGAACCUCCCUUAUGUUAGGUGGUGCACUUUAGAAGCCAUACGGCUGAGGUCUCCAGGUGCAAUCACCAAGAAAGUAAUAAAACCAAUCAGAAUUCAGAGUUUCACCAUCCCUGCAGGUGACAUGCUGAUGUUGUCUCCAUAUUGGCUGCACAGGAAUCCAAAAUAUUUUCCUGACCCAGAAAUGUUCAAACCUUUUCUUCCCACAGGAUCGUUGGAAAGAGGCAAAUUUAGAGAAGAAUGCUUUCUUGGACGGCUUUGUGGCAUUUGGAGGAGGGAAGCAUCAGUGUCCAGGAAGAUGGUUUGCUAUCAUGGAAAUCCAGUUGUUCGUUGUGCUGUUCCUGUACAAAUACCAAUUUGUUCUUUUGGAUGCAGUACCAAAGGAGAGCCCUUUGCAUUUGGUGGGGACACAGCAACCCCUGACACCAUGCCGGGUCCAGUAUAAAGGCUGGGAAUGAAGGGAGCCCAGUACUGACUUACCUUUCUUUGCCUGGAUGAACGAACUGCUGAGCUGCUUCUCUGCUCUCUGUAUUCAGACAAGUUCUCUGCUGUUACAGUCCUUAAUCCCAGCUUUACAUUGUGUACAUGCUCUGCAUUGCAAUAAGCCAUGACAACUCAGUCUUACCUAUGGUCUUCUUCCCAGUUGCCUACCUCUGGUACUGCAAAAUGAAGCUGUCCUGCCAAAUGAGUCACAGUCUAACUGAUAGGCUGCACUCACCAACCAGACCUUCAGGACACAAAACUGCUACGUCUGAAAAUCCUGCAAGGAAGUGUUGCCAGAGGCAGCAGAAAAGCAGGUUCCUCUUUCCUGCAGGUGUCUUCAAGCCAAGGCCAAAGCUGCAAGCAUGAGAAGCAGCUGGGAUGCUGUUCCACUGGAGCACCUUCCAUGGCUGCUGAGUUUGGUUUGCUCAGAACUGGUCCUGGCAUGAAUACACAGUGAAAGCUUGAUGGUGGUGCUGGCUGCAGUGCAGAGCGAUGGCAAGAAACGCCAUUGCUCUUCAUUAGUUUGGUGGUCUAGAAUUGGGAACCUUUUUAUUUGUAACAUGAUUUACAGAGCACAUUAAUAAAUCUAAAACUAUUCAGUUCUA